AAACUAUUGCUAUAACUAGUAGUUACUGUCUGCACUGUAGGGGUAUAGGGCAUAUUUGAAGACGUGGUUUAGGAGUACAGUCCAUAUUUAAAUACGUGAUACAAGGGUAUAGCUUAUAUUUAUUUUAAAGACACUUAAAUGGAAAUUUUUGAAAACUCAGCAACACAAUCAAUGCCUUGGGAGGGAGUUUGAUAGUGGGGUGAAGGGGACACAAUUUAUUAAUUAAAACACAAAGAUCUUUUUAUUGGGGGAGGUAAAUGGAGCCAAAGGCAAACAUGUAAGGGGACUUGUGAAACUCUGCGUGCACCUCAUAUGAGUUAAAGGCAGACUCCAUGGUGUCGACAGCCUCGGGUCACACAGGUACCAUCCCGAGACUGUAAACGACUUGCCACAAACACACAGUAUGCAUGGUGCUAUUGAGCAGAGAGGGAACCACGAGGAAGACAGCACCAUGAAGGGUGGGCUUUCAUGAGCAGCCAGCUGUGAGUCUGGUUUAAUCAUUAAACACUAUAUUUCUGCUCUUUUCUCAGAGCUCCCGUUUUCUUCUCAGGAAUUGUAAGUACUUUGAACUUGGAAGUGCUGGCUGUGUUGCGCUCUGUGUUGGUCUGUCUGUCUGUGUUUUGUCGCCAUUUUGGUGAUGGACUGGUUAUCCGCAUUAACUGUAAUAACUGAUGAUUUUUAUGGGCAUUAUUAGUAUUGCACAAGACAUAAUAAUUAUAAGAAAAAGAUAAACCACUAUAAAAUGAGGAAAGACAGCAAACACGGAUUGUUUGUAGACAGCAGUGCUUAUAUAUUGUGUUGUGGGUCUGUUUUUAAUUUUGAUCUUUAACAGGAAAUGCAACCUUGCUACAACCUCAAAACCUUCAUUUUCUUCUGUCAUGGAAAACACCCUGUACUUGGACUGCACACUGUGACCACAUGCAUCCCACAUUGGUCAUUAUCUGUCGUCUAUCCCCUAACCAGUUACUUCUGACGUUUGCCGUUUUAUAGAGUAAAAUGGAGGCAAUUCAGUUUAUAAGGGAUUUUGACUGCUAUUAUGGUUAUGAUCUCAGUUCCGUUUUUGAAUGCUGAUAGAUUUUAUAGUUUUGUGUACAAAAUAAGGAUUAUAUCCAUGGCCAAUUCUUAAACGGCGUCCACGCACGAUGGAAACAUCUGGAAACGAUUUAAAAGCACUAGUGUAUGGGAUCCAUUUGGCUGGAAAGGUACUAUAUUUAAGCAAUAAGCGAGAGAAAUGGAAGGAAAUGGUAAUGGUUUUAAACCAUAAUCUGUGUAUGUUAUUCCUUGUUAGCGUGCAGACUGGCCAGUAUAUAGUGAAGCAAUAGGCUAUGGUUACUUUCCAUAUACGGUCGUUUGACGAGAGGCGUGUCGUCGUUAACAUGACAUCUUAAAAAAUUAAACUGGGUUUAACCCCAUUCAUCUGUCCGUUUUGAAGCUGUGUGGUUUGAACACGAUGGCGUCAAUUAAGCGGUCGAUUCCCUACACUGACAAAGCGCCGGUGAGGCAGGGCAUCUACAGCCAGGCAGUCGUGGUGGGCCAAACCGUAUAUGUCUCAGGACAGCUCGGAUUGGACCCCGUGUCGGGACAGCUGGUGACUGGAGGGGUGCAGGCCCAGGCUAAGCAGGCUCUGACUAACAUGGGGGAGAUUCUGAAAGCAGCGGGCUGCGAAUACAACAAUGUUGUCAAAGCCACAGUGCUCUUGGCAGACAUAAAUGAUUUCAACCUUGUGAACGACGUUUAUAAACAAUUUUUUACCAGCAACUUCCCGGCUAGAGCAGCCUUCCAGGUCGCUGGCCUACCCAGAGGGGGACUUGUGGAGGUAGAAGCUGUUGCAGUUUUGGGCCCCAUCACUGAUGUCCAAUGACACACUGGUCUCUGAAUGCCAAAGGACCCCGUUCUGAGUGAUAUGCAGCAGCCCACUUGUAUCUAGCCAUGGACAUGAACUUCAUUCAGAAACCUGAAGCAGCUACCAGCGUCUCAACAUGGACUCAUCAUUUCUCAACUGAAAUGUGUUUAUUGCAUCGAUCAACAUUAUGUAUAUAAUAUUGUACAUGGGCUCAAAUUAAGAGUAUCUUCAGACUGUUAUGGAUCAAUGUUUCCCAAUCUGGUCCUUAGGGACACACAGACAGUCCAUGUUUUUGCUGCAGGAGCUGGGAGGGAGCAAAAAUGUGGACUGUCUGGCAGGGAGCAAAAACACGGACUGACUGUGAAUCCCUGAGGACUGGAUUGGGAAACAGUGUUAUAGAUUAUUUGUACAGCAACAUUAACAUGGCAGACCUGCUCUCGUUAAAUCUCUGUUCAUGGAAACCUCGCUGGAUCACAGCAGAAUAACACACACAUCCAUUUACUGCCUCAGCCUUAAGCAUUGAAAGCAUUCCGAAGUAACCUGUUUUUACGGUGUUAUUACAUUAUGUACAAAGGGAGUAUUUACACAAAAGUCGCCGUGUCCGAGAGCCCAAGCUCCCAUCGCUCAGCUGCUUAAGUCUUGGCAACAGGAAAGUGGAAAUGAGUCCACAGCGUGCAUCUGUCCUUGCGUUCUCCCACUUGGGUUUUUGGAAACUUCUCCAUUUUCAUGAACGGGAAUGGAUGGAUUCACUCAUUUUCACUGGGAGCUGAAAAAGUAAAAAGCAGAACUAACCAGCUGAAAGUAGCAUUUAUGUUAGCAGUUUUUAGCAGCCAUAUUUACCUAUUAAUGGGUAAGUGGGUUUUAUAAUAAUAAUAAUAAUAAUAAUAAUCGAUACUUUUUUGAUCCCCGUAGGGGAAUCUCCCACAGCUUUUAAAGCUUAGGCACAGCUCACCAUGGGCUUCCUCGUGGCUGGGGGCCGUGGCGUCGCUGUGCUCAUUCGGGACUGACUCGGCUGCCCCCUCUGAUUCGGAAAGGAGUAAGGGACCACAUGGAAACAGAAAGUGCUGCUUAGUUAGUUUUUCGAUUAUGGUGAGGCUGCAUUAGUCCUAAACAACCUCUUUCAGUUCUUACAUUUCAUCUUAAAACUUUGGUACCUGGGGGAAGCACGAAUCCUGCUUUGUGGAACAUCCCCCCUGAAUCAUAACUCCUGAUAUAGUGGUGUUUUUUUCAUUGAACUGGGAUUUCCAGCUCAGUAGAACAACACAGGUUUAAGACUUAAGAUAAUCCGUGUCAUGGGGGACACAUUGAGCUGGAAUGGGAUUUGUAGGCUACCAUUUCAAUUACAACGACCUGAAUUUCACUUAAGCCAGGAGCGGCCAAUCUUAUCCGCAAAGGGUUGGUGUAUAUGUGGGUUUUUGGGAUGACCUGUAGGUCAGCUGGUCAAACCCAGGUGUGAGGACUCUUCAGCCAGUCAGUCCUCUAAUUAGAAAUCAAAUUAGGGAGUUGCAGCGAAAACACACACACACACCGGCCCAUUACCUCCUCUGACUUAAGCACUGAGUUCUUGCUGUGUGCUGAUUGGUCAGUCUCCUAUAAUCAUGCAUGUGUCACUAAUGUUAAUGUGAAACAGCUGGAUGAGUCUUUCAAACAUAGAAACAAAAAUGUCAAAGCCAUGUCAAAUGACAUGAAUUAUCUGGCCACCCAGACACUGAAGAUACUAAAGAUGCGGUACAGACAGAAGCAGUUGCAUGCAUAUAAGCAGGAGAAUGUCAACUCUGCCAUGCAGAUCACUUUACUAUUAGGUGGUUUUGAUAAGUGGUACUUCGAGCAAAUUAAACUGAUGCAAUAGAACCUG